AUGGGAUCAGGUGCCAGCACAAUCCCAGGCGAUACAGAAGAAGAUGCCAGACAAUUCUCCCACUUCCCCUCAAAAGAUAUCCAGGAAUGGUCUUCCUCGUUCAGAUCAGAAUAUCCUGGCGGGCUUAUGACACCGAAGGAUUUGGAGGAAAUCUUCAGGAGUUUUUUCCCCUUUGGAUCUCCCACAAACUUCUCUAGGAGGCUUUUCGAAACAAUCAACAUAGGCCAGACCACAGCCAUCGAUUUUCACGAACUUCUGAUUGCAUACAGUAUACUGAUAAAGGGAAGCGACCAUGAAAAACUACGGUGGAUAUUUAGGUUUUAUGACAAGGACAAUGAUGGUCUUGUAUCUAAGGAAGAAAUGGUCGAGGUUGUCCAGUAUCUAGCAGAUAUGACAUCGCACACCCUCGAUGUCUCCAUAGAUUCAGAAGGAAUAGUAGAGGAGAUAUUCACUUCUGUUGGAGGUUCCAAGAGCUUCCUUACCUUCGAGGACUUCAAGGCACUUUCAACAAAGAAUGAAAAGCUAUUUAAGAUGCUAACCCCAUUCUCCGAAUAA